AAUAAGUCGGAGAAAAUACUCCGUGACAUUCAUUACUAUUACUACUGGACUUUAAGGGGAAAGCGUACCAUGACGUUAUCAUCUACGGGGUCAAGCUUGGUUAUUUUUAAGAUUUACUGAAAUAUCAGAAGUCAAACACAGCAAAUGUAAACUAUAUCACGCGAACGAAAAUUACGCAAGAGAUUCGAGUGAAGGGCGUAAACUGCGAAGUCCUAAUCGGCUCAAGAAGUGAAUUUUCGUUAAUGAUGAAAGCAAAGUAUAAAGAAUAAGUAGUUUACCAGUAAAAAAGACAUUUAAAAAAAGACAUACCGGUAUCAAAGGUGCGAACAAUGCAAUUAUACAAGUUCUUGUAAUAUUUAUGGAUGACGUCAAGACUGACGGAGAAACGUACGAACUCACAAUAUCCGCAGUUCCGUCUCACUCUAUACCACAUAAUGUGAUGGUAGGACAGGAUUUUUUAGCGAACGUUGACAUGCAAUGACGACAAGGGAAAAUAACAAAAUAGAGAAAAUACCAUUGGCAAUUAAAGCUUCCACUGACGAAAUCACCGAUAAGGAAAGAAAGGACGAGGAGAAGAAAGACAAAAAAGCAGGCGCAGAAAAUGCAGAAGUGAUAGUGCCAAGUGAAUUAGUGAAGGUAUCGUGCAGUGACGCAACAAGAUUAAAUGUUGAGGGACAAAGUAAAUACAAAUUAGAGACAGUAGUGGCGGAAUAUAAUUCAAUGAAUAAUGUCAACACGAAAGGAGAAAAGGGAAAAGAUGUGCUAAAUGAACAAAUGGGAGAACUAUUAAGGAAUGGUAUACUUAAACCCAGUAAGAUUGAAUAUCACAGAAGAGGAGGCCCCGACGACGACCGACGGUUGGAGAAGAUGGACACGAUAAAGCCUGGCUGGUUCAGUGAAAUCAAUGAUCUGUGGCCAGGUGUCUCGUUGUCCCUCGAGGUUGUCAAAAUACUUCACCGUGAACGAUCGCCGUACCAAGAUGUAAUGGUGCUCGAAACGAAAUCACAUGGAAGGGCUUUAAUCUUAGAUGGCAUCAUACAAUGCACAGAAAAAGAUGAAUUUUCAUACCAGGAGUCAAUUGCCUUUUUACCAUUAUGCAGUCAUCCAAAUCCAAAAACAGUUUUAAUCGUUGGUGGUGGUGAUGGUGGGGUCGCCAGGGAGGUGGCGAAGCAUCCUGAUGUAGAGAGAAUUGUUCAAGUUGAAAUCGAUGCGACAGUACUUGAAGUGUCUAGAAAAUACUUGCCCGUAAUGGGCGCCGGACUUGAUCACCCCAAAGUCACCUUAAUCGUGGGCGAUGGUUUCGAAUUUCUGAAGCAGUGCGAGGAAGAAUUCGACAUUAUUAUCACAGACAGCAGCGAUCCCGUUGGGCCAGCAGAGUGUCUGUUCCACGAAUCGUAUUUCAGUUUAAUGAGAACUGCGUUGAAACCCGGCGGAAUCGUUUGCAGCCAGGCUGGAACAGCGUGGACCAAUCUCGAACACGUGGCGCAAACUCUCCGGCAUUGUAAAUCAGUAUUUCCGGUUGCGUCUUAUGGAAUCGCGGCCGUACCAACGUAUCCUACGGGACAAAUCGGCUUUGUACUUGGCAGUUUAAGCUCUGAAACGAACUUCAAAGAGCCAAAGAAAGUCUUCAGUGACAACGAACUUGACGAAAUCAGCCUAAAGUACUACGAUGAUCAAAUCCACCGGGCCGCGUUCACCUUGCCGAGGUUUAUAAGGAAAAAGUUGCAAGAGACAAGAGAUAAACCGAACAGCUCACUGUGAAACGCAGUCCUCGCGAAAAAAACGAAGGAACGGAAAAACGAAACGUAAAGUCUCGGAGGUUGACUGUUCUCGUGCAUGGUACAUUUCAUUGCGGGCGUUAACUUGUCUCCAGUGACAUCUGACCGUCGAUCUUGUUGAAAACAUCGAACGAAAACUCGAAGGAAUCAAUUAUUAUCGAGAACAAUGAACAUCGACGUGAAAUGAAAAAAAACCAUGUUCGUAGAUACAUUCUCUCGCACAUUCUGAUCGUACAUCAACGAACGAGAUCACGAUGGAGUGUUAAAAAUUCUUUAUUUCCUGAAUGUAAGACGGUUAAUAUGUAUAUUUUUUGAAAUUCCGAUGUAAUGUAAUAAUUAUAAUAAAAUAAUAUUCGUU